GACGUUUUUUGAAAUUCCUUUUAAAAUUUUUCAAAAUAAAUACUUUUAGGUUUACAAAAAAUUCAAAGAUUUUGUUGUUACUGGUAUUUCCUGAAAAUUUUACAAAGUCUGACUAAAAAUAAAGGCUCAAAAGGAAUUAUAAAUUAUCCAGAUGUUCGGUUUGCUCUUGAUAAUAAAAAUAAUCGAUCAUAAUCAUUAAUUUAUCAUUCAUUUACAUAAAAUAGGUAAGUGACAAAUAAUUUUGUAUUCAUAAAAUACACAUGUUUACAGUUCUCUGGCAACACAAAAUACAUUUCCAAUUUUUUUGCAUUACGUGCGUAUGUGCACAGGAUGGGCUUAGGCCACUGCUGCCGUUUAUGAUGACAUUAUCAUGACAUUUACUUUCACCAUAACCAUACUUUUACUUUCACUAGUGGUAUUUCAAAACUUUGGAUAAAAAUAAAAUGGCUAUAUUUAAGUUAAAAGUAAACAUCUAGAAAUGUACAGCCGCAGAGUACACAAUUCUUCGGUACAAUGGUUUUUUCGAAGAUUGCUUAUAUCCAAUGAUGACACCUCUUCAAAAGGCUCUACUUUAGUUUUGGAUAAGUCUUUACCUAUUGAUAUUAAUAAACCUAUUGGAAUUUCCAAAAGAAGGUUUGAUUUGCUUGGGACAAUUUCCAAUUAUUCUUCAGAUAUUACUAGAAAAAUGUCAACACAAGCUAGUUCGAGUUCAUCUUCUAAGAAAACAAAUCGUUUAAUACUAGAGAAAUCUCCGUAUCUUCUUCAACAUGCUACAAAUCCCAUUGAUUGGUAUCCUUGGGGACAGGAAGCUUUUGAUAAAGCUAAAGCUGAAAAUAAAAUAAUAUUUCUCUCUAUUGGAUAUUCUACUUGCCACUGGUGCCAUGUUAUGGAAAAAGAAUCAUUUGAAAAUCCCUCUGUAGCAGAAAUAAUGAACAAACACUUUGUUAGCAUUAAAGUUGAUAGAGAAGAGCGCCCUGAUGUUGACAGGCUUUACAUGUCCUUUAUUCAAGCUACUGCAGGAGGUGGUGGUUGGCCUAUGUCUUUAUUUCUUUCUCCAGAUUUAGAACCUUUAACUGGUGGCACUUAUUUCCCUCCAGAGGAUAAUUAUGGACGGCCAGGAUUUAAAACACUUUUAAAAAGUAUUGCUGAGCAGUGGAAGAAUAAAAAGACUGCGAUGUUAAAGUCUGGCAAGCAAGUUAUAGAAAUAUUGAAGAAAAUGAAUAUCAAAAAUCAAACUGUUGCUGUAGAUAUACCAGGUGAAGAUGUUUGGAAAAAAUGUAUUCUUCAACUAUCCAGAAAUUAUGAAUCUGAUUUUGGAGGUUUCAGUUCAUCUCCAAAAUUUCCCCAACCUGUGAUAUUUAAUUUUUUGUUUCACAUGUAUUCUAGCAACAAAGAGAGUGAACAAGGGUACAGAUGUUUGGAAAUGUGUUUGCAUACAUUAAAAAAGAUGGCUUAUGGUGGAAUACAUGAUCAUGUAAAUAAAGGUUUUGCUAGGUAUUCAGUUGACGACAGAUGGCAUGUACCACAUUUUGAAAAAAUGUUAUAUGAUCAAGCUCAAUUAGCUGUUUCGUAUUGUGAUGCCUACGUUAUUACAAAAGACAAUUUUUUUGCUGACAUUGUUAGAGAUAUUCUUACUUAUGUGUCAAGGGAUCUAAGUCAUGAUCUUGGUGGAUUUUAUGGUGCUGAGGAUGCUGAUUCUUACCCUUAUGAAGGUGCACCACAUAAACAAGAAGGAGCUUUUUGUGUUUGGGAGUAUGAUGAAAUUUUUAACUUACUGGAUGAGAAAACUGAUGGUAUAUCGCACGCCGAACUUAUAGCAUACCAUUACAAUGUGAAAAAAGAUGGGAAUGUAAAGCCAUCCCAAGAUCCACAUGGCGAACUGACGAAAAAGAAUGUUUUAGUGUGUUUCGGAUCAUAUGAAAGUACUGCUAAUAAAUUUGACAUUACAGUCGAGAAAACAAAAGAAAUUUUAGAAAAAGCUCAUGCCGUUUUGUACGCAGCUAGACAAGAAAGACCGAAACCGCAUGUAGAUACCAAAAUAUUGACUUCUUGGAAUGGAUUGAUGAUUUCUGGAUUUGCUAAAGCAGGUUUUUCAUUGAACGAAGAAACUUAUGUAAAAAGGGCGAUAAAAGCAGCAGAGUUUAUUAAGCAAUAUCUCUACAAUGAAGAUAAAACGCUUACUAGAUGUUGCUAUAGAAAUGAUGAUAAUUCCAUUACUUUAGGACAAGUUGCCAUAUCUGGUUUCCUAGAUGACUAUGCUUUCUUGAUAAGAGGUUUAAUAGAUCUUUAUGAAUCUACAUUAGAUACAAAAUGGUUGCAGUGGGCUGAAACCUUGCAAGAUACUCAAAACGCUAAGUUUUGGGAUGCACAACAUGGUGGUUACUUUAGUAGUCCUGAAGGAGAUCCAUCAAUCUUGUUUCGUGGGAAAGAGGAUCAAGAUGGCGCGGAACCUUGCGGAAAUUCCGUUUCUGCACAUAAUCUUCUUAGAUUGGCUUCUUACCUGGAAAGAAAAGAUUUUCGAGAAAGUGCUGCAGGUGUUUUGAAAACUUUUGCAGAUAGGCUUACUUCACUUCCUAUUGCCUUACCCGAAAUGACGUCCGCAUUGUUGUUUUAUCAUAAUUCUCCAAACCAGGUAUUUAUUGCUGGCCCUAAAGAUGAUACCAAUACUCAAGCUCUUUUAGACGUAAUUCGAACGCAUUUUAUACCAGGACGAAUUUUGGCUGUGGCUGACGGUCCUUCCGGCAAAGCAGGACUGUUGUAUCAAAGACAUGAAAUUCUUUCUCGACUACAUCCCGUUCAACAUAAGCCCGCGGCAUAUGUAUGCAGGAAUUUUACGUGCGCUUUGCCAGUUACCGAUCCGACUGACUUAGCAAACUUGCUUGAGAGUGACAAAUCAGCACAUUCUUAAAUUUGCCUAAAAAAUAAAAUAUUUAAAUUAUUAAUAAUAUAAAAAAAACUGUUUCAAUUAAAUGAAAUUAAAAUAUGUAUAUGAGGUGUAGAAAUGAAUGUUUAUCAAUGGUUAUAUUUCUUUUUAGGUUGUUUCAAAAAAUAAAAAGACGAUUUUUUAAAAUUUA